CCGAAGAUGCAACUCCUACUGCUAGCAGGCAUAACAUUCAUAAAUGGAGUUCUAUGUUCACCAACGAUUGAAUGGAAAGACAACACAAAUAUGAUUUCCUGCAAGGGAAGGCCUGAUGGCUACUAUGCUGACACAACUGAUGCUCAGGAUUCUUUUUUUAGAUGUAAGGACAAUGAGGUGAUAGAGCAGACCACGUGUGACAGAGGUUCAAGGUACGAUCCUCACUCUCAGCAGUGUAGCCUCACUACAGCCCUGGACACAGACUGCGACCAAUCAGAUGACAGUUUCUACACAACACCUGGCACCCUGUGUAGAGGCUACUACCGAUGUGUCAAUGGCGCCAGGGAGGAUUACACGUGUCCCAAAGACUCCUAUUUUGAUAUGAACUCCCAGUUCUGCGUGCGUACUGGUGGGCUCUGUUACGAGUUGGUUUGUAGCGGCCGAGUCAACGGGAGAUACGCAGACACAACCCAUGCAUGCCGCAGAUCCUACGUGUGUGAGGGAGGAAUGCUACGAUCCCUCGGCUCCUGUCCUCCUGGUUCUUUGUACAACGGCAGCUCAUGCCAGCCCAGGGAACAAGUCCAGUGUCUGACAUCAGAAAAGUCAGCUGUAGCAGUGAAGAUCCUCUCCACAGAUCCUUGUGCAGAAUUGCCCAACGGUUUCCAGACUCUACCUGACGAGACAUGUCGCAACUACCUGCUUUGCCACUCUGGACAGACCAUCGCCAAGCUGCACUGCGCGACAAGCGAGCACUUCAACGGUGACAAGUGCGUGCCAGCCACCAACACCAGUUGUGCGUCCUACUGUGCCGACAAACCUGACGGCUUCACUACCGACUUACGCCGCCAAUGCCGAGGCUACGUCAGCUGUGUCAAAGGCAGAGUGGUCGAAGAACUGGCCUGCAAAGACGGCUCACUUUUCAACGGAAAAACAUGUGUCCCUGCCUUACUGUAUCAAUGUCCUGUACCUGUGAAGAAAAACGUUUGUUCCAAACUGAAAGACGGAUAUCACCAAGAUUACAUGACUGGAUGCAAAGAGUAUUUUUACUGCCACCAAGGACAAAUGCUGUUGAGAAGUACAUGUAGGGACGGAAAAGUAUGGAAUGGCUCGGAUUGUGUGUCAAGAGAUGAAUUUUUGUGUGAAGGUCCAGAGAUUUGGCCGGGUUGUAGUGCUUUGGACGACGGUCUGUACACAGACCUAUCAAAAGGUUCAAAAUGUAGAUUUUACCACUAUUGUUCCAACGGUAAGAAGGUCCGAUUGAGUUGUCCGAUGGGGUAUGUAUUCAACGGGAAAACUUGCGUAGAACAAGAUUCCUAUCACUGUCCACUGCUUGACACAGACUGUCACAAUAAGGUGGACGGUUAUUACUCAGACCCUAAGUCAGGUUGUCGUUCGUACUAUUAUUGCUCAAACGGCCAAAAACUGACUUACAUUUGCCCAGAAGGUUUACUCUUCAAUGGAACAGACUGUGUUAACAAACGCAUACACAGCUGCACAGCGAAAAUCAGCAUUUGCUCCAACAAAACAAACGGAUACCACGCAGACGCUGCCACCGGGUGUCACAAGUAUGUUUAUUGCUUACAAAAAGUAAAAAUUACGUCCUUUGAGUGUUCGGAAAAUAGUGUUUUUGAUGGCAAAAAAUGUGUACCGGUCAAAACGGAUAGUUGUACUAACGCUAAAGAAUCUUGUGAUACAUUAGAAGAUGGUUUAUACGGAGAACCCAACUCUCAAUGCACCAGAUACUUUAAAUGUGUGGGAAAAAAGAAGACUACAACUUUUACUUGCCGAGGAGGGUAAGUUUUUAACGGAGUAAAGUGUGUGAAGUACAUAUGUCCAGUGGAGAAAAAGCAAUUGUAUAGCCAAGAUGAUUGUGUGGGGAAGAUCGGGUUUUUUCAAGAUUUUGAGUCAAAUUGUAAUAAGUAUUACUUUUGUAUUAAUGGUGUCAAAACUAUGCUUUCUUGUAAAAGAGGCCAAGUAUUCAAUGGGGAGGUUUGUGUUAGUGAGAAAAACUACACAUGCCCCAUUUAGUUGUCACAUUGUAAAACUUCCUUUGGAUUGUUACGGUUGAAGAGAGAGAUUAUGUUUUAGGAUUAGGUAAGGAAAGAAAAUUGAAGUUGGAGAAGACGUUUAUUUUUAAAUAAUAAUAUAUAGAAAUAAGUAUUUAUGCCUUACCAUGUUUAAAAAAAAAUCAACCUUAAAUUAAAUUUUGACUUCCAUUAAAUCUUUCAUUACGAUUAACUUCAAGUUCAAAUAUUUGUAAUAGUUUUUGUAAACAAAUUAUUCACUUAUAGUCAGAUGAAAGGUAAUUAGUAAAUAAUAGGUACUAAUUGAUGAAUAAAGAGACAGGUUUAACAUACUGUAAGUAUUGACAAGUACUGUUUAUUAUAUUGAAUUCUUCUAAAAUGGUUUCAAGUUACUUUGGUGUGAAAUAAUCAAUUAGCACCUAGUAUUAGAAUUUGGAUGGAAUUGAAGCACUGUAGUUUGAAAAAGAUGGCAUGCAACAAAGUCAUUGUACCUGUUGAUAAUAAUUUUAUUUUUAAUUGUUAAAUCAUGAUAUUUAACUUAUUU